CAUCUGCAUUAAAGUUCCAUAUUUUGUAUCUUUGGUUUUUCCAUUUAGAAUGAGAGAAUUGAAUAAUAAAAGCAAAGAAGAUGGCGGAGAAAACGAGGAAGAAUUCUCGAUUCAAACUUUUUUCGGUUCUUCAGCUGUUAUAGGUCUACCCCAAAUUGCCAGCUCGCAGCACAUUCUUCGUAAGUUACUUUGGUGCGCCGUAUUAAUUACAGGAAUAACAUUCUGUGCUUUAGAAAGCUACAAAUUCAUGACUGAAUUCUACAAAUAUCCUGUGGUAAUUAAUUUGGAAAUCGAAAAUAAAGGAAUACUAGAAUUUCCUGCAGUCACCAUUUGCAAUAUCAAUAGAGUGAGGAAGAGCGAAUAUCACGUCAUAAAUCCAGAAAACGUUAAUAAUAGAACUACAUUUAUAAACAGUACACCAAGAGAUAGUUACUGCAGCCGAGAAAGAUUAGUGGACGAACGGAAUCAAGCCGAAUUUUAUAGUAAAUAUUUUUUUCUGAACAAGACCGUGAGAAACAAAAUUGGUCAUCAAUACCAUAAAUUUAUAAUCAUGAAGUCAUUAAGGAAUAUGAAUUUCGCUUCACAUUUCUUCACCUCAAUUACUAAACCCAACUACGGUGCUUGUUACACAUUCAACAGCAAAAUCAACACAUCCUAUAAAGACGUUCCUAUGUCGACACAUAUCGGACCUAAGAGCGGUUUAGCGAUGACAUUAAAUUUAGAAUUAGAAGAAUAUUUAGACGAUGUUAAAACAGUAGGAGCUAGAGUUGUUAUUCAUUCUCGCGAAGAAUUUCCAGAUACAGAAGGAGAAGGAAUUAAUAUUCCUCCUGGAAUGGAAACCAGUUUAGCAAUUACCAAGAAAUCAAUAAGAAGGUUAAAAUCUCCUUACAAAGAUAAAUGCAGAGACUAUAAAGGUGAAUAUUACGCAAAUAAAGGACCUGCAAUUUUAAAUCAAAAAGAUUGUAGAAUAUAUUGUCUUCAGCAAAAGAAUUUGAAGACGUGUAAAUGUACAGAUCCUUUGCAAGUAUUUACGGCAAACAAGAAAUGUAACUUAAAAAAUUUGAAUAAGAUGUGUUGUUUAGAUAACGUUUUCGACAAAAUGAUCCACAGUCAAUAUGCAGAAUGUGAUUGUCCUCUGGAAUGUUUAACAACACAAUAUGAACCGAUUAUAUCCUCGACUGCUUGGCCUGCUCCCGAAAAUUUCAAGCGAUUGGAACUACAGAAUUAUUCAGAAUUCAGAAAAACAUAUUCCAAAGUGAACAUUUUUUACUCUACUCUCGAAGAAACUAUUUAUGUCCAAAGGCCUGCUUACGAGAAUAGUGAAUGGUACAGUCAUCUUGGAGGACAACUAGGACUGUGGUUGGGGAUAUCUCUGCCUGCUAUAUUCGACUGUAUCGAAUCUAUUAUCUUAUUAUUAUGUUACAUUUGUUUACCGAAGUAUCGAAAUAAAAAGAAGUUUAAAAAUGAUUUCGAAACGAUUGUCAAACCGGUAAAUGGUCCGUGUUACACAUUUAAUGGUAGAAACACGACUAGUGAAAAUAUGAAUGUUUCUUCCGUUCGCUUGUCUCGAAAUAUCGGCACUCUGAGCGGUUUAACUCUAGUGUUAAAUUUAGAGCUAGAAGAAUAUAUUUACAAAACUCAAUCUGUUGGAGCCAGGAUCGUUAUUCAUUCUUCAGACGAAUNUGUAACUAAUUUUUACAUCUGUUCCUCAGUAACUUCCAAAUGGUUGUCAAACCAAGACAUGGGCCGUGUUAUACAUUUAAUGGUAGAAACACGACUAGUCAAAAUAUGA